AUGUCGAAAUUGGCACAGCUCGAGAAGUCUCAAACGUCGAUUUUUGAAAGUGUCAAUGAGAUCGAGAAAACCACCACCUUGCUUGCGGAGGGUAUGAUUUCGCUAAGGAAUAAUUUUUCGGAGACCCAGGGCAUCGCUCAUCAUACCUUGGGCCAGUUGUUUCAAUUGAACGAGGAUCUCGAAUUAUAUCGAUCGAACUCGCGAAAAACGUAUGAGGAUAUCAUUCAACAGUUGAAACAGUCCAUGGAAUAUAACGCGCACAUUGUUAAGAAUAACAUCGAGAUACUCGUGCACAUUCUGAAAGUCCGUUUUGAUUAUUCUCAAAUUCUGAAAGGUUGGAAUUUGCAAAACAUCGAAUCUAACCUUCUCGAGAUGUCGACGAUUCAAGAGCGAGUUCAAGACGACAUGAAGGAAUAUAAGGAGAAACAUCACGAAUUAGCAGACCAAUGGGAUCAAACUUUAUCGGAAGCCAGAAGGAACUUUCAACUAUUACUGAACCUUUCGCACACCGAGAUUCGGUUGCUGACGCAAACGGUGUCAGACGCGCGCGAAAGUCAAAAGGAUAUUAUCAGGUUCUUGAGACCAUUGGCGAUGAUAAUGGAUUUCGUGAACUUGAUAUAUGGCUCGGCUUCCUACGAGAACAUCGCGAAGUACUUGACACCGUGGUUAUUAGUUCCGAUACUUAGUGUGUUCGCUUUAAACCUCUACGCGAAUAACAAUAAUGUCCUUUUGGGGUUGAUCUCAACUUCUGGAAUCCUUGUAACAACCUUGAUUGUUAUUAAACGUCGUCGGAGUAAAACCGGCACUGCCACGACAACCCCACAACAGUGUUCUUCACGCGAAUCCCUCUCUUUCCACGGAUCCUUAACUGCCGCGGUAGAUCCUGCCGAACCACAAAAGGUAUUGAGCAUUCUCGCUCAAACCGGCGCCAAAUUGACGUCCAUCUUGACCACCCACCACCAUCCGCACCAUGCGAAUGGAAACAUCGAAUUGGUUUUGGCAAAACCGAAUCUCGCGGUUUACGGCGCUGAUGCUCGUAUACCAGAAUUGAAUUACGUUUGCAAGCAUAAUGAAGAGUUUACGGUCGGUACACUGAAAGUUCGUUCGUUACACACGCCAUCUCACACAAAGGGUAGUGUGUGUUAUUACGUUAGAGACGGGAAUGAGAUGAAUGGAGAAAUGGAAAAGGCCGUGUUUACCGGCGACACUUUAUUAGUCGGUGGAUGUGGCAGAUUUACGGAGGGUGACGCCAAGGAUAUGUAUCACGUUCUUUACACCGUGUUAGGAACAUUACCCAAAGACACGAAAGUUUAUUGUGGACACGAGAGUGCAUCUCUUAAUCUUCAGUUUGCAAGCACCGUGGACCCCAGCAAUCCGAGUCUUCAUAAAAAGUUGGCGUGGGCCCAAAACACGCAUUGCACAGUUCCCAGCACCAUCGAAGAAGAGCUGGAAUACAAUCCAUACUUGAGAGUUUCGGAUUCAUCCAUUCAACAGGCUACAAAUGUUUCUGAUAACUUCGAGGUGAUGACAACGUUGAGAGCGCUAAACGACAACUUCAACGCCCAAAAUCACAGGAGUAGCAGAAGAUUGAACGGAUAUAAUGGCAUUAACGGAAUCAACGGUGUCAAUGGUUUGAGUCGCGUCAACGAGAUGACCGGAGUUAACGGAAUGAACGGAAUCUCUACGUUGAUGUGA